CAAAGGAGAGAGAGAGAGAGAGAGGAAGACGACGACGACCUUUGUUGUUGUUUCCUUCUUUCUCUUCUCUUCUCCUCAUCCUCCUCUUUAGCUUCCUCUCGCGCUCGCCGUCUCUCUCUCUCUCUCUCUAUCGGGCGCGCGCCUUUCUGUGUUGGUCGUCUCUUUCCUCGCGUGCUCUGCCGCUGCGCAAGAAUCAAAAGGCGCCGGCCACUAGAGAGAGUGUGUGUUUGUGUGUGUGUGGCUUGAGUUGAGAGUUGAGAGACCAAUCGACCAUCGGCUGUGAUCUCAAAAGAGAGAGAGGGGCAAAGCGAAGUGGGCAGACUUGGGCGGCAAUCCUUGCGAAUCAUCAAGGGAUUCUGUCUUUUCUUUGGUGCGAUUCGAUUGUUUCUUUGUAGGGGGAAGGGAGAGAGGAGGGGGGGGGGGGGUUUUGGCAAUUGGCAUGGAGGAGGCGGAGGAGAUGCAGGUGGAGAGGAUGCAGGAGGAGGUGGAGGGAGGCGGCGCGGAUACGGAUAAGCUCAGCUACGAGAUUUUCUCCAUCCUCGAGAGCAAGUUCCUGUUCGGGUACACGGACCCGCACCAGCUGUGGCUGCCCAAGGCGCCGGCGGCGCAGGCGUCGGCGGCGACGGCCGUGCCGUCGGGGAAGGCGGCGCAGCGUGGGAAGGUGUGCGUGCUGUGCGUGGAUGGCGGCGGCGGCGGGCUGCGGGCGCUGCUCUCCGGCCGCGCGCUGGCGCACCUGGAGGCCGCGCUCCGGCGCGCGUCGGGCGACCCGGACGCCCGCGUCGCGGACUACUUCGACCUCGUCGCCGGUACGGGCGCCGGCGGCGUGUUCGCCGCGAUGCUGUUCUCGACGCACUCGCGCGGCGCGCCUCUGUUCCACGCCGAUGACACAUGGCGCCUCGUGGCUGACCACGCUCCCCGGCUCUUCCGCAAGGCCGUCGGCGGCUCGACGUCGCUCUUCUGCCGACCCAAGAAGCGGCCCCUCGCGGCGCCGACGGCGGCGCUGGACGCGGCCAUGAAGACGGCGUUCGGCGAGGAGCUCACCCUGCGGGAUACCAUCAAGCCCGUGCUCAUCUCCUGCUACGACCUCAAGUCGUCCGCGCCGCUCGUGUUCUCGCGCGCCGACGCCCUGGAGAGCGAGAGCUACGACUUCCGCCUCUGCGAGGUCGGCCGCGCGGCGUGGUCGGAGGCCGGCCGAUUCGAGCCCGCCGAGGUCGCGUCGGUCGACGGCGCCACGUCCUGCGCCGCCGUGGACGGCGGGCCGAUCAUGGGCAGCCCCGCCGCCGCCGCAAUCACGCACGUGCUUCACAACAAGCACGAGUUCCCGUUCGUGCGCGGCGUCGAGGACCUCCUCGUGCUCUCCAUCGGGGGAUGCUCCGCCGGUGGCACGGGGGCCGCGGCCGACGCCGACCUCCGACGCUUGCGCCGCUGGGGUCCCAAGGAUUGGGCGCGCCCCAUCGCGCGCAUCGCCGCCGACGGCGCCGCCGACCUCGUCGACCACGCCGUGGCGCGCGCCUUCGGGCAGUGCCGCUCGUCCAACUACCUGCGCAUUCAGGCGAAACGGGAGAGCAUGCCGCCGUGCGGGCCGGACGGGGAGUACGACCCAACCCCGGCGAACGUGCACGCGCUGCUCGCGGCGGCGGACGAGAUGCUGAAGCACCGGAACGUGGAGUCGGUGCUGUUCGAAGGGAGGCGUGUCGGCGAGCAGACGAACGCGGAGAGGCUGGACUGCUUCGCCGCCGAGCUCGUCGCCGAGCAUCGCAGCAGGGGCUCCCGUAUUGGCCCCACCGUGGCGUUCAAGCAGGCGCCGCGGAAGCAGCCGCCGGCGGCGGCGGUGGCGGCGAUGGGCUGAGCCGGUGGCCGCGUGCACUGUGGAGUAAGGACAUGUAGGCCCUCUCUUUCUUCUUGCUUUCGCUGGAAUCCUGCUGCAUUUUUUACGUGGCAGAGUGGCAUUGCUCCAAGAAGCAUUUUGCCAAUGGGAAAUUCGACUUGGAGAAAAUAUGAAAGAACAUCUGUGAUAUAUAAUUUCAGCUUCAUUUCAAUUUAGCAUAGAAUUGUACUAGUAUCAUCUUUCUUCAGAAUCAUAUGCUUCUUUGUUUUCUCUUCACAUA